AUGAACCUAUCUAUGGAGACCAAGACUGAGUUUGUCGAGGGGAAGGUGGAUUGGAAGGGAAAAAAUGCUUUGAAGCACAAGCAUGGUGGGAUGAGGGCUUCUUGGCUCAUUCUAGGGGCAUUUAGCUUUGAGAUCGUGGCGACUUUGGCACUCGCUGUCAACUUGGUGACAUACUUCAAUGGAGUGAUGCACUUUGAGCUAGCUGACGCAGCUAACCAGCUCACAAACUUCCUGGGGACUUGUUACAUCCUCCCCAUACUUGCAGCCAUUCUCGCCGACACUUUCAUCGGCAGAUUCAAGACCGUCCUCAUUUCAGCCUCAGUCGAAUUCCUGGGACUGGCACUCCUAACAGUGCAAGCUCACUAUCCGAAGCUUCGACCGCCGCCGUGCAACGUAUUUGAUCCCACUUCCCACUGUGAGAAAAUCAGCGGUGGAGAUGCUGCUCUCCUAUUCCUCGGCUUAUACUUGUUGGCCAGUGGCAGCGCGGGCAUGAAGGCCUCCCUGCCAGCCCAUGGCGCCGACCAGUUUGAUGAGGGAGAUUCAAGGGAGGCAAGGCAGAUGUCUAGCUUCUUCAACUGCUUCUUUCUGUCUGUGUGCACCGGGGGGAUGGUGAGCCUGACGCUUGUUGUCUGGAUCCAAGAUAACAAAGGAUGGGACUGGGGGUUCGGCCUGUCUACCAUUGCCAUGAUCGUGGCAAUAAUCGUCUUUGCUGCGGGACUGCCACUGUACCGGAUUCAGAUAGUUCAGAAAUCUAGCGCCAUCAUUGAAAUCAUUCAGGUAUAUGUAGCUGCAAUCAGCAAACGAGAUCUUCCACUUCCCGAGGACCCAACAGAGCUUUAUGAACUUGAUAAAGAUGGAGAAGCUGCCUCGGAAGCAGAAUUUUUACCUCACACCGACAAUUUCAGGUUUCUUGACAAAGCAGCCAUUCAGAAAACUUCACCAGUGCAAUUCGGAGGUGAGAAAGUGCCGAAUCGAUGGGUGUUGUGCCCAGUCACACAAGUGGAGAAUGCCAAGAUCAUAAUAGGCAUGGUCCCUAUCUUCUGUUGCACCAUCAUCAUGACCCUAUGCCUUGCUCAGCUCCAAACCUUCUCCAUCCAACAAGGCCUAACCAUGGACACAAGCAUCACUAGGUCCUUCCACAUUCCACCCGCCUCCCUGCCCAUCAUCCCAACCGCCUUAAUGAUCGUCAUCAUCCCAGUCUAUGACCGGGUCUUUGUACCCUUUGCACGCAAGCUCACAGGCCACCCGGCUGGCAUCACGCAACUGCAGCGCAUUGGGGUUGGCCUGGUCCUGUUCUCUGUCUCAAUGGCCGUGGCUGCAGCUGUCGAGGUCAAACGAAAAGCUGUGGCGAGGAACCGCCACAUGCUUGAUGCGGUGCCUGUGCUCCAACCUCUCCCAAUCAGCACGUUCUGGCUGUCCUUCCAGUACCUCAUUUUCGGGAUCGCGGACAUGUUCACAAAUGUGGGGCUCCUCGAGUUCUUCUACUCUGAAGCGCCGAAGGGGCUCAAAUCAGUCUCGACUUGCUUCCUCUGGAGCUCCAAGGCACUCGGGUACUUCUUCAGCACGAUAAUGGUAAAGAUUGUGAACAGCGCGACAAAGGGGAUAACAAGGAGCGGAGGCUGGUUGGCUGGGAACAACAUUAACCGGAACCAUUUGAACCUGUUCUACUUGUUGCUUUCCAUGCUUAGCUUGAUCAACUUCUUCGUCUAUUUGAUUGUUGCAAGGAGGUACAAUUACAGGACUAAGUCACAAGUGAGAACAACACUAUGUGAGGAAGUGAGGGAUAAUAAUGUGGAAGAGUCAAGUUGAAUCAAAUCAGAAGUUGAAUGUUGCUACAGUUUGGUGUUCUGAGAUAUCAUUUGGUGUUCAUGACUGGAAGCAAUUGGUAAUUCGGGUGCAAUGACGACGACUAGCACUUGUAAUCUUCCCAUAACCAUCUAUUUUAAUGUUAAUUUCUCUUCUUAAUGAUAAUGACUACUGCUUGAGACAUCAACUAAUGGACUAAAAUCACGGGAAAGGUUUAAGAAAUUUAUCCCUAUAAUUGGAAGAUAAAGCAUUAUUUUACUGGAGAGUAUCAAUUAACAAUUUGACCUAGUAAAGUUUACAAUCACACAUCUUGCUUCGAAUAAGUUUUAUUAUUAUAGUUAUAGAUAUAGAUAUAUAAGAUCUUUCUGUACUAUAUAUAUUAUAGCGCCACUCUGAAGAAUCACAAAUCAAUCUAUAUUUUGCUGCUUUUGUUCUUCUUCUGAGACAAUUCAUUUGGUGUUAGUGCUAUGGAUGAAUUAUCGGAUCGUUGAGAGGAUCGAUUCUCAUUGUUAUUUUGAUGGACGGAUGACUUUUGUGGCUUGUUAUGCAGUGUCCCUCAAUGUUGUGGACGUUUGUUAAUUUAGUUUAUGGAUGGUGGAGACUCGUCAGGCUUGCUUCUCAAUGAUGUUAUAGUUGGUUGUGGACUUCUUAUUCUACUGGCUUAUGAAAUGUGUUUUUUGAGGAUUAUUUUGCAUGGUGGAUGAUUAGAUUAUUGUAUUGCAGGUUAUUUUAUUUUAUCAUAACAGGCUUUUGAUUUGUUAUGAUAUCGUUAUAUGGUUUUUUUUGUUUUUACUUUUUUAGUUUGGUCAUUUGGGGUUCAGCUGCAUCAACCUCGUAUAUGCAAGAUUCCACACAAUCGGUA